CGCCACCCACUCCAGACCAUGGCGACCACCGACUUGAUACUGCAGUUCUUGUGGCCAACGUCAACCAACUCAGACGGUCGCACCUUUCAGAUUAAGCAAAUCGCCGAGGCACCGCAAGAUCCAAUUGAGUUGUACAAGUUCCACCAUCCCGUCACCGGAAACAAUACCGGUGUUACCCAAAUUCACCGCAAGAACCUUGCUACGCAAGUAUGGGAACCUUCAGGCCACAUAGAAUGGACGUCAGCCGCCGCCGCAACGGUCUAUUUUGGCGGUCUUGAACGGGUUCCUAUGAGGGAGUUGCGCCGUAUGAAGAAGGUGUCUAGCAAAUCCCGUCGUUUCAAGGCGAAUGGCUCGGAGUACAAAUGGAAGGUGGCAGAGAAUGGUACUGAUAUCUAUUGCGUCAGCACACGCAGCAAAACGGUUGCUACGUGGUCGCAGGAGCAGUCGACUCUGCGAGUGAUGGACCGUGCAGAGGGGAUACUGGAUAGGAUCGUGGUGACGUGCUUCCUGAACCUCUGGAUGAAACGAAUAAACCAGUGGUGAUGGGUGCGGUCAAGUGUAUGCUCUCGUGUAAUUUUAGUGCGCUCGCAUACGGUAUGCCUGUUGUAAUAACAUGUAGUUGAUAUGU